UCUUCCCAGACCUUCCAUCUUAGCUGAACCAGGCCUUGUGAUACGCCAAGGGCAUUUUGUAGCUUUUGUGUGCUCAAACCCUAGUGGAUAUGAUAUAUUCCGUCUGGAGAAGAAAGGUCACAAAGUCAUGGAUAAAGAGAAUAUUGGGCCUUCAAUUACAGAGGCAAGAUUCCACCUUGGCCCAGUGAACGAAAGCACUGCUGGGAUUUAUUGCUGUAUCUAUAAGAAAGAGCCCAAUUGGUCCUUAUACAGUGAGACCCUGGAGCUGAAGGUGACCAGUGAAGAUGUUACCAAGUCUCCUAACCCAGGUUCAGCAGAGACCCCAGUCUUUACCCUUCAGAGUUACACGGUGUGGAAUGGUACCCGCAUGGCCCUUGCUGGAGUAAUCUUGUUUGUACUGGGAGUAAUCAUUGGAGAAUAUUGGCACAAGGAAUGAAGGUCCUCACACAUCUUAGGUUCCAUGAACCUAGGAGGCACAGUCAAUGACACCUAGGCGAAUCUUGACAUGCAAGAAGACCAAGGUCUCCUGGAUGGAGCGGGGCGGGCCUUUGACUUCCCACAGGGCAGGGCACCCUGACUUCUCUUAGGACUGGAGAGGGAGGGGGAGGGGAGUGGGGAGAGUAGGAGGAGGCAAAAAUUUUCAAUAAAUAAAUAAAAAAAAGACCAAGGCCUCACAAUAUCCCAUGAGAUAUAUGGGUAUGGACUCUGUUACAAAUUAAUUUUCUUCAAUUCACAUCAGGGAGUUGAAAUGAACCAUCACAUUCUAUCUCCAGCUUCAGGUAUCUGUCCAUAGGAUUUGCUUAAAUGUGCAACUUCAUAGUCCUGGAUCUCACUGCAUCUCUUUUUUGAAUCUUUCUUGCUUCUGAGACCUGUUGCUUCCCUAAACUUCUUGCCCA